CCGGCCGCCCGCCGGCCCAGAGCAGAACACAAGGCGCAGAGAAGUGAAGUACCUUGCCCAGCUAUGAGAGCCAGAGCCAGAACUUGAAACCAGAUGAGGACGCCGAGGCCCAGAGAGGGGAAGUGACUUGCCUAGGGACACACAGCAGGGAGAGGUGGAGCUGGGCCUCUAGUCUGAAACCUCUGACUCCACACCUGGUGUUUGUGCCAAGACCUCAGGCUGCUUCCCAGAUCCCCUGGGACAGCCCCUGCCUUCACCAGCCAGGAUCAUGGGCAGCAACAAGAGCAAGCCCAAGGAUGCCAGCCAGCGGCGCCGCAGCCUGGAGCCCGCCGAGAACGCCCACGCUGUGGGCGGGGGCGCCUUCCCCACCUCGCAGACCCCCAGCAAGCCCGCCUCGGCGGACGGCCACCGCGGCCCCAGCGCAGCCUUCGCCCCCGCCGCCGCCGAGCCCAAGCUCUUCGGAGGCUUCAACUCCUCGGACACCGUCACCUCCCCGCAGAGGGCGGGGCCGCUGGCUGGCGGAGUGACCACCUUUGUGGCUCUCUAUGACUACGAGUCACGGACAGAGACUGACCUGUCCUUCAAGAAAGGGGAACGGCUCCAGAUCGUCAACAACACAGAGGGAGACUGGUGGCUGGCCCACUCGCUCAGCACGGGACAGACAGGCUACAUCCCCAGCAACUAUGUGGCGCCCUCCGACUCCAUCCAGGCCGAGGAAUGGUACUUUGGCAAGAUCACCAGACGAGAAUCAGAGCGGUUACUGCUCAACGCCGAGAACCCGAGAGGGACCUUCUUAGUACGAGAAAGUGAGACCACAAAAGGUGCCUACUGCCUCUCCGUGUCCGACUUCGACAACGCCAAGGGUCUCAACGUGAAGCACUACAAGAUCCGCAAGCUGGACAGCGGCGGCUUCUACAUCACGUCCCGCACCCAGUUCAACAGCCUGCAGCAGCUGGUGGCCUACUACUCCAAACACGCUGACGGCCUGUGCCACCGCCUCACCACCGUGUGCCCCACGUCCAAGCCACAGACUCAGGGCCUGGCCAAGGACGCCUGGGAGAUCCCUCGGGAAUCGCUACGGCUGGAGGUCAAGCUGGGCCAGGGCUGCUUUGGAGAGGUGUGGAUGGGGACCUGGAACGGCACCACCAGGGUGGCCAUCAAAACCCUGAAGCCGGGCACGAUGUCUCCAGAGGCCUUCCUGCAGGAGGCCCAGGUCAUGAAGAAACUGAGGCACGAGAAGCUGGUACAGCUGUACGCGGUGGUGUCUGAGGAGCCCAUCUACAUCGUCACGGAGUACAUGAGCAAGGGGAGUUUGCUGGACUUUCUCAAGGGGGAGACAGGCAAGUACCUGCGGCUGCCUCAGCUGGUGGACAUGGCUGCUCAGAUCGCCUCGGGCAUGGCAUACGUGGAGCGGAUGAACUACGUCCACCGGGACCUCCGCGCUGCCAACAUCCUGGUUGGAGAGAACCUGGUGUGCAAAGUGGCUGACUUCGGGCUGGCGCGGCUCAUCGAAGACAACGAGUACACGGCCCGGCAAGGUGCCAAAUUCCCCAUCAAGUGGACGGCUCCGGAGGCUGCUCUCUACGGCCGGUUCACCAUCAAGUCGGAUGUGUGGUCCUUUGGGAUCCUGCUGACGGAGCUCACGACGAAGGGACGGGUGCCCUACCCUGGGAUGGUGAACCGGGAGGUGCUGGACCAGGUAGAGCGGGGCUACCGGAUGCCCUGCCCGCCCGAGUGUCCCGAGUCCCUGCACGACCUCAUGUGCCAGUGCUGGCGGAAGGAGCCCGAGGAGCGGCCCACCUUCGAGUACCUGCAGGCCUUCCUGGAGGACUACUUCACGUCCACCGAGCCCCAGUACCAGCCCGGAGAGAACCUCUAGGAGCAGGCAGGGCCAGACUGAUUUCUCCACUCCUGGUCUGGGGCGCCCCUUAUGCGGGUCUCGCCUCCCGCUGCCUGCCCACGUUGGCCCUCGCUCCGGGGGGCUGAGUUGCCAGGGGCCAGGCCUCUCCCUCUCUUGUGGCAUGGAAGGGCUUUGGGCCCUGUGGGAGCCUGUGAGGGCAGGACCCAAGGCCGGCACAGUGACUGUCCCUGCUCCUGCCGUAGCCACACGCCCUCUCCCUGCGCUCCCUCCCUGAGCUGGCCCGUCUCUGGAGGAGGAACUGGGAAGAGCUGGGCUGGGCCGGACUGGGGCUGGGGUGCCGUUUCCGCCCCAGCCUACUCCACUCAUCGGCUCCUUCCCCACUUCCCACGCCCCUACGUCUGUCUCAAGAGCUGGCCAAAGAGCCUUUCCAAAGAGGAGCGAUGGGCCCCUGGCCCGCAGCCUGCCUGCCACCCUGCCCCUUGCCAUCCACUUUGGAAACAUCUAUAGGUGGAGGCCACCAGGGCCAGACCCCUCUGCCAUCACUCCCAGGCCGGGCGGCCUGAGGCCUAGCUCGACGUGAUGCUGGGGGGAUGAGUACCCCUCAGACUCUGCCCUUCUUAGAUGUGAGGGACCCUUAGAGACCAUCCAUUGCUUCCUCCCAUUUUACCCAUGGGGAAACUGAGUCCAGAGAGGGGACGCAACUUGCCAAGGCCACAAAAAGGUUCAGGGUUGAGGUGGGAUCAGAACCUGGUGCUCCUUCUGUCUUCCUCAGGAACCAAUGAGAAUCGUCCUCUGAGGCAUCACGGACAGACUGGGGCAGCCAGGGGACAGGGGAUUGAGGACGGGUUAGAGAUAGCAGAGCUCUUCAGCUGCUGCCCACUCGGCUGGGCUGUCGUGGGGGAAGAGAACGGAGGCAGAUGUGAGGCUGCGCUGGGAAUGGGGGGAGGGGCAGAUGUGGAGAGGCAGGCUUCAAUCAGCAUGUGGCUGGCUUUUGACCUUCAGAGCCAGCCAGCUAUGAAAGAGUGAGCUCCCUGGCUCUGGAGGCAAUCGAGCAGAAAUGGAAGAGCCAAGAGGCUGGGAGGCCCUGGCCCUGACCUCAGGAGGGAACCCCAGGUCCUCCUUCCCCCAGUUUGUCCUGUGGCAUUUCAACGCUUGGCCUCUGCUCUCCUGCCUGAGUUGGCACCCCUUUACUCAUGAGAAGGGAAAGGAGUGCCUGGGCUGGGGUGAAAGAGGACGAGGUGCCCACUGCCAUGCACCAGGACUGGCUGCGUGACCUUGGGCGGCCCCUGCUUUUUCUCUGGGCUGUAGUGUCUGCCCCAGGUGUGACCAUGGCCUCUGCAACUGCUCAGCUCCUGUCCUGUCCAGACGCCGUGGCAGGACAUCCAUGGGGAGCCCAGCCCCGGGACAUCAGGAGAUUGUUUCGGCCCUGGCUCUGCUGUUCAGCCUUAGGGUGUGCGGCGGCUUCUCCCUGGGCCUCGGUGUGCCCAUCUGUAAAAGGGCAGCUGCCAAAUUUGUGGCAUCUUGCCAAGGGUCCCUGUGCGUGUAUGUGUGUGCAUGUGUGUGUGUCUCCAUGUGUGUCCAUAUUUAACAUGUAAAAACACCCCCUGCUGUGUUCCCCAGACACAUUGUACAUUUCACCCAUGGCACCCCAUCAUAGCAAUAACAUCCCCGCUGCCAGGGGCUCUCGAGCCAGCCAGGCCCUGCCAGCGGGGAAGGAGGCCAAGCAGUGCCUGCCUAUGAAAUUUCAACUUUUCCUCUCAUACAUGUUUAUCACCCAAGUCUCCUCCCGUCCAUCGCAGUCACAUCUGGGCUCGCUCACCCCAGCGUGCUCUCAAAUCCCCUCCAACUGCCCGAGGCCCUUUGUAUAAGGUGUCCUAAUACUGUCCUUUUUUUAAAAAACAGUGUUUUGUAGAUUUCAGAUGACUAUGCAGAGGCCUGGGGGACUCCUGGCUCUGGGCAGGGUCUGGUGGUCCCAAAUUCCAUGGCCCAGGCUCGGGGGGGAGGAAGGGGGGGAUACAGAAUUGGUUGUAAAUACUUUGCAUACUGUCUGAUUAAACACAAACAGACCUCAGAGUUUG